UUUGAGUGGGUAGGAUGACGAAAGUCACGGCGACGAGGUACCGCCCGGCGCAGUGUGCGAGCAGCAGCAACUGCAAGUACUGUCUGCUGAGAACCCCCUGCCUGGACUGACGGGCGGUCCAAUUGAGCCCUAAAGCAAGGGUCCCUUUGCGUUGUCGAUCCGCCAGAGGCGGGAGUGGCCAAAGCAACGCUCCGAAAGCAGAGCAAAGGGGUGCGCUGCUCUUGCUUGUCGUGGUGGUGGAGCAGCAACGAGGAGAUGACGUAUGCCGGCUUGUCGAUUCACGAUUCAGCACCGCGCUGUCUGGUAUUGUCGUUCCGAUGCAGAUUUGAGGGUGUCCGUGGGAGAGGAGCUGCAGGAUCAGAUUCCGACACGGCUUGCGGAACAACGGACUCGCGUCUGCUCUUUUAUCACCGACAAAUUGGCCAGCCGUCGAGCUCUUUGACAUUGAAUAUACGUACUCUGGUAUCCCCCCCUGCCCGGAGAGCUCACGAAGCUCAACGCAGCUCUCGUGGUGGGGAGCAGCACCCUGUGCAGGCCAAUCUAGAACCCCGCUCUGGCCCCACCGCGGCAAAGGGGUCCCGCGGGGGCCUGAGCCUGAGGCCGCGAGGCAUCGGCUUGGCUGCAGCGGCCUCGCCAGCCCUCCUCCUCCCAGUCGUGGCCGAUGCCGGCCACACACCCCCAACGCACCUGCUGAUCAACUGCCGCAGGGGUAAGGACGGACGGACCAUCCAGACCACGCCAGGCCACAACCUGUCUCGCUUCUAGCCCUUUGCCGUGUCACAUCAGGCCAGCUUGUCUUGUCUCGUCUUGAUGUGCCAAGGUCACCUGCAGACGACGGUGUAGGGCACAGGCUUGGCUUCUGGCGGGCUCGGUAUGCAAGUAUGCUUACACUAGGCGUGGGACAGCUCGCGCACAACUUAAGUACCACAUCACCGGCUCGGCCUACGGCUUCAACCGAAAUGACUUGGGCUAGCAGUACAACUUGAUUGGUGCCCAACCACUUUCACUACU